AGGAUAUUGUGCCAAACAGACGACAUACAAACUUCUACAACAUGAAGCUCUUAAUUCUCUUUGGAGUUCUUUGCUUGGCUGCGGUUGCAGUGACGUCUGCCUCUGUUGAGAAGGUCGAAGGUCAAGAAGAACACGAUCUUGUUGAUAAAGUCGAAGAUGUCGAUAAUGUACCGGUCGUUCAGCCAUAUUUAACUUGUCAACUUUGUGGAAAUACUUGUUGCCGUGCUCAUUGCAAAGCAAUGGGCAAAACGUCGGGUUCGUGCAAUAAAAAUGAUGUGUGCAUUUGCCAUAAAUAGCUGAACGAUUAGUGGAUCCGAAUUCCUGUGUGAACAACGUAACACUUA